CUAGAUAAUGUGAAAGUGUGUUUUGGAAAUAUGUUCAUCAAAUUCCCCCAAGAAAGUACCAGAUCCAUGAUCCUUAAAGACCAAGAGCAGCUUGACAAGGAAAUAUCUGACCUCCGCAAACGACUAAAAGCAAAAGUAAACCGCCUCAAUGACUUGCAAGGUAAGCCUGAACUCAGAGGAUACAACCUUUCUCCUCUGAGCAGUGAUGAGAUUAAAGCAAUUAACAGCCUCCUUAAGAAAUAAUAUCCACUAGCUUCUGGGGCCGUCUCGAACCUGAGAGUAACGUUUGGACUGGACCGUUACCUGUGCACCGGGGCACUGAAGUGUCUGCACACCGCCUGUGACUUUACUAACUCG